AUGUCCUGCGAGCUGGCAACUACAAUGAUUGGAGGAAAGGAGUUUGGAAUACUAGCUGAUGCACUCAAGACCAACUCGACCCUGACCAUUUUGGACUUGAGGAGCAAAUCGUUCGGAGAAAACGAAGCCAAGGUGCUGGCUGAGGCACUCAAGACCAACUCAACCCUUACCACUUUGGACUUGAGGAGCAACUCGCUCGGAGACAACGGAGCCAAGGCACUGGCUGAUGCACUCAAGACCAACUCGACCCUGACCACUUUGGACUUGGGGAACAACUCGAUCGGUGAUAACGGAGCCAACGCGCUGGCUGAGGCACUCAAGACUAAUUCGACCCUGAUCACUAUGUACUUGGAGAGGAACUCGAUCGGAUCCGACGGAGCCAAGGCGCUGGCUGAGGCACUCAAGACUAAUUCGACCCUGAUCACUAUGUACUUGGAGAGGAACUCGAUCGGAUCCGACGGAGCCAAGGCGCUGGCUGAGGCACUCAAGACCAACUCGACCCUGACCACUUUGGACUUGGGGAACAACUCGAUCGGUGAUAACGGAGCCAAGGCGCUGGCUGAGGCACUCAAGACUAAUUCGACCCUGAUCACUAUGUACUUGGAGAGGAACUCGAUCGGAUCCGACGGAGCCAAGGCGCUGGCUGAGGCACUCAAGACCAACUCGACCCUAACCACUUUGGACUUGCUCUACAACUCGAUCGGAGACAACGGAGCCAAGGCGCUGGCUGAGGCACUCAAGACCAACUCGACCCUGACCACUUUUGACUUGGGGAGCAAUUCGAUCGGAGACAACGGAGCCAAGGCGCUGGCUGAUGCACUCAAGACCAACUCGACCCUGACCACUAUGGUCUUGGAGAUCAACUCGAUCGGAGACAAUGGAGCCAAAGCGCUGGUUGAGGCACUCAAGACCAACUCGACCCUGACCACUUUGGACUUGGGGAGCAACUCGAUCGGUGACAACGGAGCCAACGCGCUGGCUGAGGCACUCAAGACCAACUCGACCCUGACUACCUUGGACUUGCUCUACAACUCGAUCGGAGACAACGGAGCCAAGGCGCUGGCUGAGGCACUCAAGACCAACUCGGCCCUUACCUCUUUAAACUUAAGGAGCAACUUGACUGGAGACGACGGAGCCAAGGCGCUGGCUGAGGCACUCAUGACCAACUCGACCCUUACCUCUUUGAACUUGAGGAGCAACUCGAUCGGAUCCGACGGAGCCAACACGCUGGCUGAGGCACUCAAGACCAACUCGAUCCUGACCACUUUGGACUUGGAGUAA